GCUUUUGUUAUUGCACUGAAAAGAACUGACGAGUUCAAAAUGUUUCAUCUGUAACUAGCAAAGUAAUGCAAUGGGAACUCGAUUUUUCUCUUCCUGAUUAGAUUUCGUCAUACGUUAAGAAUUUACACAUUUGCUAUUAGAUAAAACUUUUUACAGACAUGUGAAGAACGAGAAGGAGUCCUCAACAUUCAACAAAAUCAAAUUGUUAACUUGACAGCUAGAGUUCCGGGAGCUAGAGAAUUUGCUGGGUGCCAAUUUAGACCUAUUAUUCCUACAACGACACCAGCACCUUUGUAUACCAUUAAUAUACCUACACCGAGAAAGAGAACUACUGAUGGCAACAGAGGUACAGUUACAAUAAAAAUGACAUCAACUACAGCAAAAAUCACAGCCACCACAACCACUACAACAUCUACACCUAUAGAAGAAACCACUGCAGCUACCUAUAAAACCACUCUAGAAGAUUUGAGUAGCUUUCCCACAUCAACAAUAUUUCCAACUGAAGAAACUCAAUUUUAUUUCUCAACUAUUUUAGAUGAUAUACAAGAAUCCACAACAGUAGAUUCAACAUUUACCACUGUGGAAUCCACGUUAUCAACUGAACCUCAAACAAUAAACUAUAAGAAAGCACCAAUUAAAAAACGUUCUGUACCAAUUAAAACCCAAAUUUCUAAACCUUUUAGACAAGGGAGAUUUAUUAAUUGUCAUAAUUCUAGAAGAUUUAGAAGCUCUAGAGAGAGAUGGUGGUUUAUAGCUGUCAGUAAUUGUAAUGAAACUAAGGGAAUUGACAUAAAUUAUCAACUUUUAAUGACCAAUGGACCUCCUGGCGAUUAUUGGCACGAACAUUUUUCAGCUGAUGAAUUUUACAUAUUACCAAUUCUGUUAGCAUUUUCAGUAGCUUAUUCAUUUCUAAUGCUAGGAAUUACUGUUUGCUCCUUAGAAUUGAAACAAAGGCAGUUAUUACACACGACUUACAAAAUUUUCGUGUUAUCAUGCGUUCUUCAAUUAUUUGGCAUAUUGGUGAUAAGCAUUGUUUAUCUUAAGAUGGCUGUUAGUGGCAGGGAAUCUCCCAAAUUCAAAAGAGUUGGAAGCAUGCUUUUAGGAUCUUCAGAAACCCUUUUCCUUCUUCUCCUGCUCCUUCUAGCAAAAGGAUUUACUAUAACAAGAGGUCGUUUGCCAUUAAAAGCCACCGUGAAGCUAACAAUAUUCAUGUGCCUUUAUGUAACAACCUAUUUGACGAUAUUCGUAUAUGAAGCAUUGGUUUUUGAUCCUGGAGAAGUGCUCUAUCUCUAUGAAUCUCCUGCAGGAUAUAGCCUAAUCAUGUUGAGACUCUGCGCUUGGAUUAUGUUCAUUUAUUCUACUGUAUUUACCUUGAAGAAGUAUCCAGAGAAGUCAAACUUUUACUAUCCCUUCAAUUUAUUUGGAACUGUAUGGUUUGUGGCUGGACCAGCAUUUAUCAUAUCAGCAAACACUUACAUUGACAAAUGGGUCAGAGAGUCUGUAGUAUGGGCAGUAUUGUUGUUUAUAGCUUUUGGUGGACAUCUCAUGUUUUUGAUUUUAACAAUGCCUAGUGUUGCCAAUAAGAAUUUCCCUUAUCACGUACGCACUACACAAAUAGGUAUAAUGGAAGUAAAUGGCAAUGCUGGAAGCAGCACUAUUGAACAUUUUGGACAUCAUAUUUACGAACCUAGCAUGCGAGAGCACACUGUUAUUAUUCCAUUGACGAGAAGAACUGAAGAAAUAUUUGAAGGAAUGUAUAAUCAAAAAAGAUUCUCAAGACCCCAAAUUACCGAACUACCGACAAAUAACGAAACCCUAGAAACCCCCAAAGAUACAAUAAUGGAAAACGUUCUGAAAUGGUCAAUGGCUAAAAACAUACCAGCACUCGACUUUCCUGGUUUCGGCGAAAUCAAAAACAAAAGGGACAGCAUCGGUUCAGCAACAUCAAAAUUGACAGAGAACAGCUAUCAGAAUGGUUUAAACACGAGACGGCCAUCUUUAAGUAAUCAUUUGACCGUUGAAAAUCAAAAUAUUACUGCUAAUUAUGAAGAUUUGGUUGGUCGAGUGCCUAUUGAAUUGUUUACUGUGUCUAAAUUGGUGGAAAAUUCCGGUAGUGGAGUUGGAAAAUGAACAUUUCCUGAAAGUGAGCCACUAGAAUACCUACUAAUACACUGAAUAUUCUCAUAAUAUUAGAUUUGGACUGUUUAAUUGAAAUAAUUUAUAAUGUAGGUACUUUUUUAAUACUCGUUGUUUUGUAGUGUCGUGUUUAUAUCAAUUAACUUUUUAAUUAGUAUUAUGAUUAUGUAUAUGUGAACGCACAAAAAUUAGUUACCAGCUAAGUUAUGAAAAUUAAAUACCUCUAUAUUUAGGUUCAGGCACAAUUAAUUUAUUUUAAAAAUUGUUUCUCAGGUUUAUUUUUAAUUUUGAAUUAUGCUUUCAUGCAUUUUUGAUAUUAUUAAUUAAGGAAUAAUUGCAUGUGAGUCAAAUUAUAUUUCUCCGAUCGAUAUUUUUUUCAGCCAUAUUUUUAUUUUUGUCAUAAAUAAUAGUAAUAUAGGAGACAUGAUGAUUUAAUUGAUACACAUUGAUAUUUUCUUCAAAAACAAAUAUAAAUAAUAUUUUAAUUAGGCGUAUCCUGAUUCGGUUAAGUGAUUUAUAGCUCAAAAAAAUCUCAUUAGUUCAAUAUUGCAAGAUCAUUUUUUUAUAACGAGCAUAUGUAGGUACAAAAUUGAGUAAAUAAAUUAAGUACUUAGUUCAA